CGACUGCCGAGCCUGGCAUCCGUUAUUGGCUCGUCGAUGAUCUGAUUAGUAAGGAUAAAGUGCUCUGCAGAACCGGAACAUGUCGCCUGGCCCGCAUCUGCCGAAAUCCGUAACGGAACGCUUUUCGCCCGCCAUCCGGCUCGCUUGUUGGUUGUUCAGAGGCAGUCGCUUGGCGUCGGUAACAGUGCACUCAUAUUGUAUAACGACGAGCUCUUUUUGGUAUUCCUCGCGGCAGGGUGGGACGCUCAAAUGGGUUCGUGAACCAGUGUUGCCUGGUCCAGGAUACACCUGAGGCCAAUGCACGGUGGUUCUCGACUGCAACGAAUCAUGCCUCGUGUACUCCUUUUCGGGUCUGGCGGGAUCGGUGUACUCUACAUCCUGUUCAUGCAACGAGCGGGUGUAGAUGUUGUGUGUAUUUGCAGGUCCAACUACGCGGUCGCUCAAUCCCGUGGGUUCAGGAUCAAGUCGAGCAUCUUUGGGAAUCAUUCCUUCCAGCCCAAGAUAUUCCGGACUGUGGCAGAAGCGUCGGCUGCAGGCUACACCCGGUUUGACUACAUAUUCAUCUGUACGAAGGCGUUCUCAGCUGGGCAACCUACCUUGGCCGACGCUCUUCAGCCAGUUUUGCACGACAAGAACACCCUACUAGUCAUCAUUCAGAACGGCAUCGGCGUAGAAAAGAAGAUUGCCAAGGACAUUCCUCAUCAUCCAAUCAUCUCUGGUGUCACAUACUCGCCGACAACACAAGUCACCCCCGGCGACUUCGUACACAGUGAAGUGCAAAGGCUUUAUCUUGGCAGGUAUCCAGCAUCGACGCCUGUGGAAGAUGAUCACGCGCUGCGGGAGCUUUGCUCCUUGCUCACAAAAGGAGGCGCAGACGUAAUGUUGUCCGCCGACGUGCAGGUAGAAAGAUGGCGAAAGCUCAUUGGUAACGCAAGUUGGAAUCCAAUCUGUGCACUAUCCGGGUGUCGCGAUCUGGAAUUUCUUAAAGCCUCAAAAUAUGCCAGUGAGCUUGUGCAGAACGUCAUGAAUGAGAUCGUUACUGUGGCUUCCGCGUCGGGGUAUGGAGAUGUUAUCACCACUGAUGCAGCGACGGAUCAAUUCAAUCGCAGUGCUAGACGGUCAUGGCCUGGCGUAGAGCCGAGCAUGCUGGCGGACAUGCGUUCGGGAAAUAGGAUGGAGGUAGAAGCGAUCAUCGGAGAAGUCGUGAAAGCCGCAAAAGAUGUGGGAGUGUGUACUCCCCGCCUCGAAACACUGUAUGCAUUGUUGGCUGGCCUUGACUGGAGUAUACAACAACGAAAAGUGUAGUUUUACACUCUUGUAAUGCCAAGUGGUAUUUUACUUGCAGCAUACCCGUAUUGCGGUUGUACCAUACAUCAGAGGACACUAAGGCGAAGUCAAUGGUCCUGCGAAGGUUACCCUACAAUCUUACCACUGUGCAGGC